CGCGCCUCAUGAGUGCAAUUGCUGCUGUUGGCAGAUGGCGGCCAAUGUUUGCAUCCGGUUCUUGGGGUAAUAGUUCAACCACCGGUUGUUUGGGCGCCAAAAUAAAAUUUUAUUUUAAGCGGUCAGUGAAAUUAUUUUUGUUAUAUGGCGCUACAAAAUUAGCCACUACCGACCGAAUGUUAGACAGCGUAAGUUGCAAGGUGCCCACAACGUAUGUAUACAUAUACGCAUCGUUCCUUCCUUCCUGAAAAUCGUACAGAAGUUCACUAUAACUAUUAGGUUAUCACGGCACGCGUACACGGCACGGGGGAGACAUGGAAAGAGAGAGUGAGAGAAAGACAGUGAGAGAAUGUAAGUUAAAACAAUACAAAUCUAAGUUACGCAUAUAUACGUAUACAAGUAUGCCGAAGUCAAAAUUACUUUGUGUAGCGUUUGAAACUAUCGACAGGAAAUUGUUGUUGAGAAAAUGUGAAAUGUAUGGAAUUAAGGGAACAGCCCUCUUGUGGGUGGGUGAUUAUUUAUCUGAGCGGUUACAAGUGAUAAAAAUUGAAAGUAAAACAUCAAGUAAUGUUUCUGUUGAUGAUGGAGAACCUCAAGGCGGCGUACUAGGGCCAUUGCUGUUUAUUCUAUAG